AUGGCAUCAAGAAACUACAUCACGGCAAUCAUUGUCUCCAUCUUCAUCAUGGUUAUGCUGUCCUCAGGUGCUCCAGUGACCCCUCCGGACUCCCAGGUGAUUGUGUGCCAGCCCUGGCUCCUGUGUGGUAUGGUGGCCUACAACCCCCAGGAGACUCAAUGUUGUGAGGAUGGCAGUGUCCAAUACUUGCCCCUGCACUGUGGUCCUACACACAACUUUGACCCCUGCUUUCAGCAUUGCUGCACCGAUUCUGUCAAGAACACGUUCACUGUGGUUAAUAAGACCAGGGAAGGGACUGAGACAAGCGACUGUGCAAUGGCGAGCUUCAAUUAA